GUAUAGUACGAGAGAGAGGUUAUUUGACCCAAUUUCCAUUUUACUAUUUCUCUGAUUUUUUUCGACAAGACUGUUACCAAGCUGUUAUUCGAAACAUUCCCGUGAUUUCUGAUUUGGAAUUUGGACUGUAAAAUUCAAAAAAUGGAGGAUUUUGAGAAGAAGGUGACAAUAUCGGAACCAGUUAGCAGCAGCAUGGAGGUUGAACAAGAACAAGAAAAGACGAAUAGUAACGCCUCUUCCCCCAAAUCAAUUGUGGACUUGCUCCGUAAAUUCCUUGCCGUGCAGCAACGCCGAGCCCACGCUUAUGCCCGUCUUAAACGGGGAUUUGAAGACUACAUGGCUUCAGGAGGUGAAUCGGCUUAUCAGCAACUUUGCAGUGAAAUAACAGUUGAAUUUAAUGAUUGUUCGAAGCAGGUUGUUGAAAUAGAGUCUCUAUUUCUGAGUCCUGAUUGCUGCAGAGACGAUCUAGCUCACUUGCUCAGAUCAGUUCAAACACGAGAAAAGGAUAAAUUGCAGUUGACUGCUACUAUUCAAGUGUUGAAAAAGGCUGGCCGUCCCUCUGAACGUUUGGUAAGCCAUGAAAACUGCAGAUUCAGGCCUUCUACAGGACAUGAAUGUGUUCAUAUCCAGAAUAUAACAGAAGCUUCUGGAACUGAAGAGGCAGAAGCUGAUGCACAAUAUGAUAAAGAUCUCAAGGAAGCCAUUAAAGGUGUGCAAGAAGCUGUCAUUGCCAUAAAUGAAUACCUCGAAGAAGUCAGGUACGAAAUUGCAGCUCUUGAAGCUGAAUGACUUCACAUUUUUUAGUUAGUUCCAAUGAACGGGUUGGCGUUUCAAAAACUUCUAGACUUUUGAGUACCAAUAUAUUGCUUCCUGAAAUAUUGUUCGCUAAGAUGCCAUCGGAUUAGUAAUAUGCAUGGUGAGAUAAAAAUUUAAACCGAUGCUUCCUCGUCCGAUGGGAUCUUAGAUGCUCAAAUUCAUUAAAAAGGAUGGGAUUUCUAUUGCCAGGGGGACAAUAUUGAUGGGUUGAAAGUAUAUUAGAAUAGAGUUAUUCUACAAUUUAUCCUUUUUCUAAGUUUUGUAAGUAAAAUUGGCAAAGAUAAUUGGUGCGCUUUAAACAUUAGUUUUGUAUUUGAAACUAUCAAGUCAUUGGUGACUACAAGGGAGAGUGAUUCUCUGUCUCUACUUUAUAAAUUGCUCUUGCCCAGUUGAAAUUU